AUGCCGGAAUCAUAUUCUACAGAAGUUUUAUGCACUCAAGCGGAGCUGAACUUGCACUUGUCCGAAACGCAGGAAGAGCAGGUCCACAAAGACAUCAUCGCCAGGAUGAUUUUUGACGCUAGCUCUGCGCCCAAACACCGUCUGGCAGCGGAUGGAGAAGGAAGCCCAGAGUCGUCAAGGGUCCAGGAGCCGUUCGUGCAGAUAAAUGCGGGAUCGUCGAAGCAGCGCAAUGCUUCAGACGAAAACAGAGGAGCACGCAGGAGCGUUGAGCUUGGGUGCAACAAGCGACAGGGUCCAAAGAUUUAUUCCGAUCAAAUCAUUUACGGGCCAGUGCCAGGUUGGGAGAAGACCGGAUGCGGAAAAGAUCCGAUGAACUGCUUUAUUCCGUGGAUUGAUCUCUUGCUUCCUGCAUCUUCUCAACAUGGAUCCAAUAGAGAACAGCGGAACGAAGCUAAACCUCUGCGAGAGUGGAACUUUUGA